GGGAAUUAUCGGAACUUUCCGGAAAAAGGCCUCUUUUCCGACACGAUCCAAAAUGACCACCAAGAAUAAGAAGACAAGGAAGUUGCGUGGUCACGUAAGCCACGGUCACGGCCGUAUUGGCAAACACCGCAAGCAUCCUGGUGGUCGUGGUAAUGCUGGUGGUCAGCAUCAUCACAGGAUCAACUUUGACAAAUAUCAUCCAGGUUACUUCGGUAAAGUCGGUAUGCGUCAUUUCCAUUUGACCAAGAACAGCACAUGGUGUCCUUCCGUCAACUUGGACAAAUUGUGGUCUCUUGUAUCAGAUCAGACCUAUGAACACUACAAGAAGAAAAGUGACGGCACUGCACCAGUUAUCGACUGUGUGCGAGCAGGUUACUACAAGGUGCUUGGCAAAGGUCAUCUCCCAAAAAUGCCCGUCAUUGUCAAGGCGCGAUUCUUCAGUCGGAUAGCCGAGGAGAAGAUCAAGAAGGCCGGUGGAGCCUGUGUGCUCGUUGCCUAGACAUUUUCCUAAAAAGCCUGUACAAAGAAAAAAAUAAAGUAUACAAAAUGGAAA